GGGACAAGUGCGAGUUUGGAGUUGGGAAGGAAAGAAAAGAAAGAAGAGGAAACAAGAAGAUAUGGAAGGAGAAAGUAAUUGGAGCGUAGCAGUGGAAGAUCUUGUUGAUGGUGGGGAUGUUGAAGGAGCGAUUUCUCUGCUCGAAUCUGUGAUUUCGAAGCUCGAAAGUGGACCUUCUUCAUCGCCUUCGGAUCUGGAGUUGGCCUCAGCUCUCGGUGACUUGGCUAAUCUCUACUCAUCUCGAGGUUUUUCUCUAAAAGCCGACGAACUUCAAACCCAUGCAUUUCUCAUAAAACAAGCAGUUCGUCAACAUAUUCGUCCUCCAGGGGAUUCAGAUACUGUAAGGAAGAAAGAUCAAGAGGGGAAUAGAGUUUCGCCUUCUGAUGCAGCAUCGCCUUCUGAUGCUUAUGCGGCCGCCAAUGCUUCUGUUUCUUCGGAUGAUGAUUGGGAAGCUAUUGCUGAUCGUGAACCUGGUGAAUUAUUCUCUCCACAAAAUGAAGGGGGUGCAAUAAAAGUUGAAGAGGGUGCAGUAAAAGUUUCACAUGAAGAUACCAAAGUUCAGACUCCUAAGCGGCGGGGAAGGGGGGAAUUCUUGUACAGGAAAAAUGUCUUGUAUAGUGAUAAAAAACUUGAUAUUGCAAGGGAUAAUGAGUCAGAGGAUGAAGCUCCUAGCCAUAGUUCAGAAGAAAAUACAGAAAUAAGAAAUUCAAGAUUUGGUACGAAUCAUGUACUUGUUCUGGAUGGUUUCCCACCAAGUACAAAAACGGCGGAUUUAGAGAAGUAUUUUGUGAACUACAGUGACUCUGGUGUUGCAAUCCGUUGGGUCCAUGACACUGUCGCCCUUGCAGUAUUUCGAAAUCCAUCAAUUGCAAGUGAGGCAGUAAACAGCGUCAGUUGUCCAUUCAUGGUACGUCGGCUUAAUGAGAAUGAUGUACUUUUGACCUCAAUUUCAACCCAAGAUCUUGAACCUCCUUACCCAAGGCCAAAAACAUCUGCAAGGACAGCCCAGAGGCUGAUUGCUCAGGGAAUUGGACAGAAGCUGCCAACAACCUUCAGAUCCAGUGAUUUGAAGAAACAAGAGGAAGACAGAAGGAAUCGUAUAGUCACAAGGCAAACUUUGAGGGACGAGGCCUGGGGUGCUGACUAGAAGCACUAUUUUGUGUUCCAUAUCUUAGUUCUUUAUUGAUGUUUCUUUUCCUAUUUUCUUGAA